CACCAAUUGGUGGUUCCUGAUCUCGUUACGUAACCGAGAGAGAACGCUAUCUUCGCUUCCACACUUUUGCUCCACAUCGACAAGCUUUUGAACGUAUUUUUCAGAUACACCAUCAAAACGAAUCUGUCAUACUUUUCAUUUAAACACAAACAACACCAUCAACGAUACAAUAAUUCACCAUGGCUACUAAAUUUGCUGAUCUCGCCAAGGCCUCCAAGGGUGAGUAAUUGGGGAGGCAAUGUGGCGACGCUAUCUAUUCCUUACCAUCGACGACGGUUGUCAUUGCUGUUGUUCGACGUGGACAUGGUCGCGUCGUGAACCGAUUUUGGUCACGCCCCACCCGCGCGAUCUGUGUCGCGAAGAUUUUUUCUUGUCGUUGAUAGUGCAAAUGCAUCGGAUUCGAUGACCGGUAACAAUGAGGGAACUUCGAACUUUUGGUCAAAUACAGUGCCAAUACUAAACUUAAUUUGUCGUCCGCAAUGUCUUCUUAUUUCGUACCGAACCCGAUAUCGUGUGAUCCGUACCUGCCUGUCAUGAACAGACCUUUUGAACGACGACUACACCACUAAGCAAUCGCUCAAAUGCAAGAAGAAUGCCGGCCCAGUUGCCGUAACCAUUGAGACCGGACGCGGAGAAGGCGGUGCCCUUACCUCGAAGGUGGGUACCAAGUUCAACUACGGUAAGCUCAAUGUCGAUAAGGCACAAGCUACUGCUGACGGUGGUCAAGUCUUGGAGACCUCGCUGGCAGUUGCCCCUGGAGUGAAGGUUUCCUUCAAGUCCGGAAAGGGAGCCGAUCUUGGAGUCGACUACACUAAGGGAAAUUUGUACGCCACUGGUGUUCUUGAUGUUGUCGAAAUGUCCAAAUUCACUACCAGUGCUUGCGUCAGCCUUCCAUCCGGAAUCAAGGCCGGAGCUGACGCCACAUACGGCCUUUCUGGAAAGACUGGAAUUACCGGCUUGAACGUUGGUGCAUCCUAUGCCACCGGAUCGCUUCUUGGUGCUGUUACCAGUGUCAACAAGUUCUCCUCCGUCAAUCUCGGUCUUCUCUACAACGUCAACUCUAAGGUCACCCUUGCUUCCAUGACAUCUCACUCUGGUGACAGUGCGUUCAACCUUACUGCAGUAGGUGGAUCUUACAAGGCUGACUUUGGAACCGUCAAGGCCAAGUACACUGGGGAUGGUGCUGUCUCUGCCGCUCUGAUCAAGGAACUUGCACCCAAGGUUUCCUUGACGGUCAGUGGAACCGCUUCUGUAUCAGCACCUUCUGAAUCCUUCAAGUACGGAAUGGGAAUUGUUAUGUAAACAUGAUAAAAAUUCUUCUAGAUCAUUAGUUGUAUUAUGAAUAUUUAGGCCAACUAUUUUUGUAUAUUAGGGGAGGGUUGUAACCAUAUUUUAUUCCCACAUCAUGUAUAGAUAGUUGCAUUGAAACUUGAUGCUGAAGAAGUUAUGAGGCAAACAAUACCAAUCUGAAAUAUCCAAAAAAUAAUGCAUUCAUAUCUUC